UAUGAAUGAUGUAAUCAAGAAGGUGAAGAAGAAGGGAGAAUGGAAGGCGCUUAUUGUGGACCAACUGAGCAUGAGGAUGUUGUCGUCCUGCUGUAAGAUGACAGAUAUCAUGACAGAGGGCAUCACCAUUGUGGAGGACAUCCUCAAGCGACGAGAGCCUCUUCCCAGCCUGGAGGCCAUUUACCUGAUUACACCCACAGAGAAGUCUGUCCAAACCCUCAUCGCAGACUUUAAAGACCCUCAUUCAACUAAAUACAAGGCAGCCCAUGUUUUCUUUACUGACUCCUGCCCUGAUCCUCUGUUCAACGAGCUGGUGAAGAGCCGCGCUUCCAAAACCAUCAAGACUCUGACGGAGAUCAACAUCGCCUUCUUGCCCUACGAGUCUCAGGUGUACUCUCUGGACAAUGCAGACGCCUUCCACAGUUUCUACAGCCCACAUAAGACCCAGCUGAAGAACCCGGUGAUGGAGAGGCUGGCCGAGCAGCUGGCCACGCUCUGCGCCACCCUGAAGGAGUACCCUGCCGUCAGAUACCGAGGCGAGUACAAGGACAAUGCCACCCUGGCCCAACUGGUUCAGGACAAACUGGACGCCUACAAGGCUGAUGACCCCACUAUGGGAGAGGGUCCAGAUAAGGCUCGCUCACAGCUGAUCAUCCUGGACAGGGCGUUUGACCCCGUCUCUCCUGUCCUGCAUGAACUCACCUUCCAGGCCAUGGGCUACGACCUCUUGCCCAUCGAAAACGAUGUGUACAAGUAUGAGACGAGUGGCAUCGGAGACUCUCGUGAGAAGGAGGUUCUGCUGCAUGAAGACGAUGACCUGUGGGUGAGCCUGAGACACAAACACAUAGCGGAGGUGUCCCAGGAAGUGACACGCCAGUUGAAGGAGUUUUCUGCCAGCAAGCGGAUGAACACUGGGGAGAAGACCACAAUGAGGGACCUGUCCCAGAUGCUGAAGAAGAUGCCUCAGUACCAAAAGGAGCUCAGCAAGUACUCCACUCAUCUGCAGCUGGCUGAGGACUGUAUGAAGCAUUACCAGGGAACAGUGGACAAACUGUGCCGUGUGGAACAGGAUCUGGCUAUGGGCACAGACGCUGAGGGAGAGAAGAUCAAAGACCCCAUGAGAGCUAUCGUGCCCAUCCUGCUGGAUGCCAACGUCAGCACAUAUGACAAGAUCCGCAUCAUCCUGCUCUACAUUUUUCUCAAGAAUGGCAUUACGGAGGAGAACCUGAACAAGUUGAUCCAGCAUGCUCAGAUCCCCCCUGAGGACAGUGAGAUCAUCACCAACAUGGCUCACCUGGGCGUCCCCAUCGUCACAGAUGUAAGGUCCUCCCUGGGUGCCGCUCCUCUUUUUAUUUCUUUUCUUCUUCUCUCUCAGUAUCGCCGUCUGCUUUCUAUCAUCUCGUUGGGAUUGAUGUGCACUAUGAGUCUGCACUCCUGUACCUCUCACUCACCUUUAUUUGCAAUGUCUGUACAAUAUCCUCUCCUCGUUCAGUGUGCAAGGAUGAAAUCUUGCCAGACAAUAUGA